AUGGAGUUCCGGGAGAAACUCUUAAAGUUCAAGUUCCACAUAGUCUUCGCGUUCGUUUUAUCUUCUCUCACCGUCGCUCUCGUCACUUACUCUCCCGGUCUCCUCACCGUUUUAUCUUACUUCUGGCCUCUGUUUCUCUCCACCGCCCUUUUUCUUGCUGCUGUUUUCUUCUUCGCCCGGACCUCCGACCUCCCGACGGCAUCUACCAUCUCCGGCGAUGGCUCCGGCUUGAAACUGGCGGCAGAAGGGAUCCUUGACUAUGUCGUCGGCGGACAACAUGAAGAAACUCUCUUUGAUAGCUUCACCAAACUCGACUAG